ACAAAAAGAAUCACACACCUACGACAAGUCGAAGCGCAACCGUGGCCGUCACUAGCAAACAAAACCAUUUAACGUAACUGUUAGUGUUAGCAUUAGAAAACAUCCCAGAAACAAUAUGUUCCGGUGAAGGCCUAAGCUAUUGCGAAUUACGGUGCCAGCAGAACCAAGAAUUAUUACUUUCUUCGGUGACAGGACAGUUUGGGAAAGUUUAGUGAACUCACAGUUCGCAUUCGAUUACGACGCGCUGCUGACGGAAUCACGGAACAGAGAUUUGUGGUAGUGUGUGUGGUGGAUUGUGUGUGAGUUUCACUGUGUCGAAUCGGUGGGGUAGAGAAAAGCUUUUGUGUGCAGCCAGUGAAAAUUUUCUCGGUUUUUCACCAACAUACUUGAAGAGGGGUCGAAACGUGUGUCCCCGAUGAACUAGCUUUUAUCGUGGAAAAAUGCUGAAAAGUGCACGAAUGUUAUGAAAAAAUCGGAAAUUUUGGUGAAGACAAAUGUUUAGAAUUGCCACAAGUGUAAUUCCGCUGCUGGUGAAUGAAAAAAAUGUGAUGCGAAAAACGAUGAUCAAUUUCCUAGUAUCGAAGAAGAAAAAAGAUGGAGAGUAGAAGGAAGCAUGUUCGUGCGAGGGUAUUUUCGUUGAAAAGUGAUUAUAAUGAAGGCAAUUGAAACCAAAUUGUUACAAACCAGUGAUCCUUUUCAUGAUCUACGUGAAGGAUAACCGUAGAAAAUUUAAACGUGACAAUGGAAAAUGAAAUUUUCUUCGGUAUUGGAAUUGAGUUAUGAGCGAAUGCCCAGCUGUGCAAUGGAACUAGUGUCCAAGCUUUAUCCACCGUAGCGCUGCACAAUGGACACAUAGCCGGUGGCACCGGCAUGCACCAUAGAGGAACUCCGGUCCUGCGAGAGCUAGGUGCAAUUUGUCAGUCGGAGAUUGUUCCAACGCAUGUUGCUAUUCGGGGAAGCUGUGAAAAUGUUUACCAAAACUAAUCGCGACAUUCGUUUUUCAAGUGUAGCUAAUGGUGAAGACAAUGAUAACGACAGUAGCGGGUAUCAAUUUUCGAAAUGUGAAACUAAACUGAAAAAAUACAAAGUGGCAACCUCCGAUGUGGGCUCAUCGGUUUUAUCGGUGAUUAGUGAUACAUAUAACGAAGUGAACGAAAGCGCAAAUACUUGCAGAUAUUUCCUAUAACGAUAGUUUUUUUGAACCGGUAAUCGGCGUAGUAGUGCUUAGUGUGUAAAUAGAGUGAAGCAGAACGGUAUCUAAGGAUCGGUGUGUAGUCAAGCAUACGCAAAAAAAAUAACGAAAUAGCUUUUAGGUCAUACUCACAAAUAGUGCUUCAUUAUUAUUUUAUUGAAAAGCAUUGCGUACCUAAUAGCGCAUAUUGAACGUUGAACGGGCAUUUGAAAAACACAGAAUCUAACUAUACAAAUUAUUAACCAGUUCAAGGCUAACCAAAUUGUGAAAUACGUUAGAAAUCGUAUUUCUUGUCACGGCUAGGAUAUAACCAAAAUGGCCGAUAUGCCUGAUUUGUCUCAUCUGACACAGGAGGAGCGCGCUAUAAUUGAAAAUGUUAUGCUACGGCAGAGACAGGAGGAGGAGCGGGAGAAUGAGAUUAUGCGGAGAAAACAAGACGAGGUGGCUACACUCGUCGACUCCAUCAGACAAAAGUCUGAGCAGCAGAAGAAGUCUGGGAUUGAACUCGACGCGACUUGCCACAUUUGCCUCAAAACCAAAUUUGCGGAUGGCAUCGGGCACAUCUGCAAUUAUUGCAACAUUCGUUGCUGUGCCAAAUGCGGAGGCAAAGUCACGCUGCGUAACAACAAGGUGAUAUGGGUGUGCAUCGUAUGCCGAAAGAAGCAAGAACUGUUAUCCAAAACAGGCCAAUGGAUAAACAAAAGUACCAGUCCCGAUGGGAUCGCUCGUCGGAUCGAUGGCGAUUCAAGGAAUCUUCCCCAUCCAUCGCUCGAUCCACUCGAUCCUUCCGACAAACGACCAAAAUUGGAACGGGCACGAAGUGCUGCCGAGAAAGAGAACGAUCCCAUGCAGCGUUCGGGCAGUCAACUGCGGCGUCAAUACUCGCAACAAGAUCCAUCGCCACGCCGGAUGUCCCAGUCGGACAGUGGAGUGGACAUAUCUACCGGACAACCGCAGGCGCGCCUACCGAUGCCACGGAUGCACCCCCAAGCUAUUCAGCAUCAGAGUUCAUACGGGCAGUAUUCGACACAUGCUGGGCUUCCACAGCCGCCAGUACAAUCGAUGCCCUAUGGACAUCAUCAGUCGCACAUGACACCCCAAGUGCAGAUCACUCGACCAAGCGGCAACGCAGGGAUGAGCGGAUAUGGUCAAGAUGAUCCUAGCUACUACCAGGGAGAAAUCGAAGACUUAAUGCGCGCACAUCCUCACUUGGUUCAUCCUCGACAGCAGCAGCACUACGCAGAAUCGAUGCAGUCGGCAGCACCAAGCUACGGUAGUGGAAGCAGCAGUGGGAUGGUGCUUUCUGCCGAACCAACGAAGAAACAUAAGCGCCCGAUGGGCAGUGGUCCUUAUCUUCCGCAGCAACGAUCCUUCAGUAGCUCCGACGAAGAUAUCCGCUCAACACCGGAGUAUGAAGCCGGGCACCAAAGACAGUAUUUUGAUAAUCACUCCCGAUUGAAUCCAAGCGUUCCAGAGUAUCGAUCGAGAAAGCUGGAUGUACAGCAAAGAAAUAGUUACAACCGAACGAACCACAAUCGGUAUCAAAGUCAGCAGACGCACUCGCACAGUCUGCAACCACUACCACAGGUAGUGGUUGCCGAUACCACCAUUACUUCUUCGGCGUACGAUAACAAUAAUCAUCAACACAGUAGUAGUCAUCAUCAGCAUAGUCACCAGUCAGUGCCGCAAUCCCAUCAACCCCAUAAUAGCCAAUAUCAGUAUAUACAGCAGAAUAGUCGGUAUCAUUCCAGUUCUGCUGUCAACGAACAGCCGGAUCCGUACUGGGAUGAACCGGCGGACAGCCGACGGUUCACCGAGCGGAGAAAGAAAACGGUGAGAUUCGAUGGGCAGGAUACCGACGAUUGGGGCCGGUGGGAGUCGGAACGACAGGGCAGCCAAGAUUCUGCCACUAAGGAUUCCGGCAUCGACACGAGCAGCACGUUCACCAGUAGUGAAGAUUCGAAUCGCGGCGAUGGCCCAAAGAACCCCGUAAGUUGGCAAGUGUCGACAGAUGGUAGUCGUAUGAUUGGUCACAUGGUACUGCAAAGAAAUAUUGACGGUGAAGAUGUUUUAGGACUUAAAGUUCGAGGUGGUCAGGUGCUACCAAACGACGAGAGAGCAACGAUCGUUGAGCAAGUUCAGCGGGGCUCGCUUGCCGACAAGGAAGGACACAUUAGGCCAGGUGACGAAGUAGUGCAAUGGAACGGCAAUUCGUUGCGCGGUAAAUCUGCACUAGACGUGUACGAAAUUGUUAGUGAUAGUAGACUGGAACCGUCGGUAGAAUUGCUCGUAACACGUGCGAUACAGAUAAAUCGCGAAAAUACUCAAGCAUCCUGGCGGAACUCUCAUUCUUCGAUACGAGUUCAAACGCAUCACAGAGAAGAAAGCUACGAGCGACGUGAUAAACCGAGUGUACUAGUGACGUCUCCUGGAUCACCGGAUUUACACAGUGUACGCAACUAUUCCACCAACCUUCGUUACCCAAACAGACUGACACCGACUGCAACGGUUGCGCAGCAGGAAAAUAGUGUUGGUGGACGGAUUCAGUUGAAGCUGGGGUUUGAACCGAGCUCCCUUCAACUGAUCGUGACAGUCGUCUGCGCAGCAGGACUUGUAUCGAGAAUCAACAGCGCAGCACGAAAUCCUUACGCCAAAAUUUGUUUACUUCCCGAUCGAAGUGAAAAAUCGAAACGACGAACGAAAACGCUUGCUCUAACCAACGAUCCUAGGUGGGGACAAACAUUCGUGUACGAAGGCUUCCGGAGAGCCGAUCUCCAAAACCGUCUAUUAGAGGUUACUUUAUGGGACUACGUUCGAUACGGUGCCAAUGACUUCCUUGGAGAAGUGAUUAUAGAGCUGGCUACGCAUCCGCUUGAUGAUGAACCGGAAUGGUAUAUACUACAACCUCAUCAGGAGUCCAUUCGAGAAACAUUGCGUAGAGACGACAGAGAACCAAGCAAUGAAUUGGAUAUGAUUUUAACACCGACCGAUCAUUUAUCGCCACCGAGUACCACUUCAAGGCUGAGUGACUCUGACACGACUUCCGAAUGCGAUAUCGAUGGUUUGAUGACUGGACGUGACGGCGCUAGUGUAUCAUCCCUGGGAAGCUCGUCAAGCCCUCCACCAGAGGUCGAUCUGCAGGAGCGGAGAUCGCGAAGAGAUAUGUCACCGCAAGGACGGAAACGAGCAGCUGGCAUGGUAGCAAAGGACUAUCGAACGGUAUCCGGUGUUGGGCAGGGAUUUCAUAAUCAAAUGAGUAAUGAGGCAACUUCUUCCUACCGUCGAAACGGCACGAUGGCGAUGAAUCAAAGGAGCCAAUCAGCGGCACCGAGUGAAAACUAUCGGGACGACCGCCGGGGUUCGCUUUCGCCACAAGAUGAUAGAUAUACCGAAUAUCCAGUUCUUCCAUUACAUCAUUAUGCGCCCAGAUUUCAAUCACGAUCCGCGACCGCCACACCAACCGGUUCCCCGAAGAAACGACAAUUACCACAAGUACCUCACGUGUCACGAAAUGCGGCAAUGCGAGAGCGUUUUAUACAGGACUUCGAGGAGCGCAGUGGAGGCCGUUUUGCAAGGCACCGAGGCCGCCAGAGCCAUCAUCAGCCGACGUAUCGAAGCACGGGGAUGGGUGGUUGGGAACGACACUAUUCCGGACUUUCCGACAGUGAUCUGACGACACACUCAUUAGACAGUAGAAUUAGACCUAGGCACUCGUUAUCUCCGGAUAAAGAUUUCAUGGGUGAUUUCGGUGAUUCCGAUAUGGAGUCGGUAGUUAGUGUUACUUCAAGUGCUUUUUCAACUCAGUCGGAGCGACCGCGUGGAUCAAAAGGAAUAAGGCAUCUUCGAGACAGGCGCCGUCAGUACGGAAGUCUUUCUCCGAGUUGGGCAACUACUUCCUUAUGCAUUCUCCCGAGCGAACAUCUAUUUGGUGAACCUAUUAGCGAGUUCGAACAAAUUAUGAACAUUCCUGAGGUUCCGGAAUCUGUCAUCUCCAAGAUCGAUGUAGUUAGGGCGGCUUCAUCCCACUUGCCUGUCCUAACCACCGAUAUUUCUUCGUUUCCUUAUGUAAAUUCCAGUAGCUGUGUAGUUCUACCCGAAAUUGCUUCUAACAUUCCUGUAGCAUCGUUUAAUCCGUUGCCUCCUUUUUACAAUGAUCACUGUGUUUCUAUGAAUACUUUUCAAAGCACCGUUCCAAGUAUUCCAUUGAACCAAAAAACUAUAAUUCCGUUAAAUUUACUGAAAGCAUCAUCAGCGGAACCGCCAUCACGUGUUUUCAGCUCAGGAAUCAAUCGUCUGGCAUCGUAUAAUAUUCGUGCAUCGUCAUCCUUACGAAACAAUGGGUUCCAUAAAGUUCAAACCCUACCUAAUUUCAAGCAGAUCCACCAUCCUGUGCAAGUUGCAACGACAAACACUUCGAACCCUAAGCUUAAUCCGAAUAAUAUCCGUCGGUUGGCUAAAGAAAUAAAGAAACAAGCCGUUUCAAACCUUCGGAGAGCGCCAAAUAAGGAACCCGCCAUUCCCUUGGUAAACAAAAUCAUACUCCAAUCGUCAAAACAAAAAGUUGUUGAUCUUAGUUCGAUCGCCUCAAAGUUAUGUAACAUUAAGUGUGCUAGCACCCAAACUGAAAUCGAGCCGGAACUUGCUACCGAGUUUCGUUUGUCUAUCGGAAGCCUGCCGGACCUAUACGAAACUAGUGAUCUGGAAAUUGAUUCUGAUACAAUGGCAACAAGUCCAGUGAAGAUGUUAAAAUCUCCUAGUGAGCCUUUACUCUGCGGUCAAAUUGAUUUUGGACUUGACGAGCUUCACUGCAGCCGAAGGGUUAAAAUCAGCCGUUCGCAUUCGUUGAUUACCAGCGACCAAAUUAUAGAUAUUGAGUACGAUUCGGAUACGGGCUACAAAACCAAGAGUGUUCGUAGGAAUCCUUUUGCGAAAAGCAUUGAUAGACAUUCAUCGUACAAAAGAACUAAGUCACUUGACUUAGGGGAACAGUUGAAAGAACAAGGUACAGAGACAAAAAAGAUGGGCACCUUUGGCUCGAAAUCAAGUUUGGACAAAGGUAGUAUGACUUUAGACAUUGUAAAACACAUAGAUGAUAAUGAAGGCUGGAAUCAUCAUCAUAAUAGUAGACAAACGAAACAGGGAAAAUCGGAUACAUCUGAUAAUAGCAAGAACAAUCCUAAAGCAGUUUCGCGUCAGUCGAAACAAUCAACUAGAUCUUCUGAAGUGAGUUCACAAAAAUCCCACGAAACAGCGAACGCACAGGCUAGCAAUCCUACCCGAAAACGAAAGGUCAGUAACAAAUCACGUAUCGAUGAGAUCAAACUCGCUAGUAAUGCUGUACAUGGCAGUACUGAGUCGAUAAAAUCAAUCAUAGAUGUAGUAAGACUGGAGCUAAUACAAAAACAAAAAGCAGAUUUUAAAUUCUCAAGUGAAGAAAGUCUCGCGAGAGGUUGGCGCGGAAGCCAGUCAUUUGGCGAUGCACGAGAUCACCAAGUUAAACGUGGAGGUGGUCAUAAAAACAACCUCAAUGAAGGUGAACGGUUUGAUCGAAAAAUGGUUCCUAAUAAACAUACCAAAGAUAAAGCGGUUGCUUUUGAAAAUGUCAGUGAAGAAGAUAUUGAACGAGCACACAGAAAUGUUGGUGAUAGAAAAGAUACUCGCUUGCCCAGAGAUGGGAGGUUAAAUGAACUACUCCAAGAAGAGGACUAUGAAAGAAAUACGCUGCCUGACUAUGAAGAUGGCGUUUCUGACGAUGAUGUAUUCGAAAGUCCAUUUUCAAGAUGCAAAAAUUCUUCGUUUAACGGUCAAAGCUCCACUAGAUCCAAAUCUCGUUUUGACACACGUCGCACCAGUAGUUUAGAGGAUAUUGGCCAAUUCAUGUCCGAUAGGGGCUUAUAUUAUGAUACCUCAAAUGUCAGAAGUGAUACUAAUAGACAUAGCUCGGUUAGCAUUAAUGAUAAGCCAGAAUAUUUUGAGUAUAGCAAGUCUCCUUCUUCACCGCGCUCCAGCUGUAGUAGUAGAAGUGCUAAUUACGCCUCCAAUUCUUCCAAAUCCUUCAAUGGCAUUGCUUUGCUGCGUACUGAACCGAAACGAACUUCUCUGAAACAUCCUGGUACGAUCGGAUCGGAAAUCAACGAUGCGUCACCAUCGGAAUCACCAUCGUGGUCACCUGGGCAACCCAAAAGUGAUUACGAUAUGAGAGACCGAAGUCGAUAUGGGCACAAUGGCGGACGGGACUCGUAUCGACGGCGUGAUCGUGAACGAGAACGUGAUCGUAACAACAGUGACCAUGAGCGAGAUCGUGACCUGAGUGAUCGUGAACAACGAGAUCUGCGGGAACGUUCGGAUCUAGACCGAAGUCUUUCGAACAAUGAAGGAACACCCGAGGAUAAGAUAGAUGGUAGCUUAAGUGACACAGCCGUGAUACAGAGCUUGGAUGCGAGGCGCAAGCUGGAUCAACGUUCGCCCAAGAGUGAAACUCCGACGAGGGAUCGCGAACGUUUCGGUGCCGGUAUGGGAAAGAAAAGUAAUUCCACCUCACAACUGUCGGCAACAGACCAAGGAAUAUCGCCAUCAUCCUCGUCGUCCACAUCGCAGCGCAAGCGCUCUUCAGCCGGCUCGAUCCAACGAUCGGUCGAGGUGACACCGAUUCCAUCACAGUCGGCGGCCUAUCGUGCCGGAAGUUUACAUUCAAUCUCUAGCUCCGAGGGCUCCUCGUGGUCACCAUCGCUACGGGUGGCCGGUGAUACGGGACCUCUGUCGGACUUCAUCGAGGGCUUGGGACCAGGACAACUAGUCGGACGCCAGGUACUGGGUGCUCCUGCCUUAGGUGAUAUUCAACUGUCUAUGUGCUAUCAAAAGGGUUCCUUAGAAGUUGAAGUGAUAAGAGCGAGAGGAUUGCAGGCACGUCCUGGCUCAAAAGUACUUCCAGCGCCUUAUGUUAAAGUGUAUUUAGUUUCCGGUAAAAAGUGUAUAGAAAAAGCUAAAACAACGACUGCUAGAAAAACGUUAGAUCCAUUAUAUCAACAACAAUUAGUGUUUAGAGAACCAUUUGCUGGCUGCAUACUACAAGUAACGGUAUGGGGUGACUACGGGCGGAUGGAGGGCAAAAAAGUGUUCAUGGGUGUAGCUCAAAUAAUGCUGGACAACCUAAACCUAUCACACAUAGUCAUUGGAUGGUACAAACUGUUCGGAACCACAUCACUGGUCAGUGGACCACCUAGUUUGGGUCUAUCUAGGCGAUCCUCAAUUGCAUCACUCGAUUCACUUAAGCUUAAUAUAAACCUCGAUAAACCUCAAAAUAAGUUUCAUCGGCGUACCUACCAUCUGGUUUACAAGAUCCGUAUCCUUGUUUCAAGUACAAUCCAAACCGCGUUAGUUAGUGCUAAAAAGCCAACAACCGAUCGUAACAACAUGUUCCAGUAUAGGAGACUAGAAUAAACAAUAUUAUUAUAAAACAGCGAUGGACGACAAAAACCAAAAAAAAAUCAUCACUUAAACAUACACACUAGUACGCAGAGCGGAAGCAAUUUUCAGAUUUUGAUUCGCGUAUUUAUCAAAAAAAAAAAAAAACAACGUACAUCUAAGGAAAAACAAAUGAAACUCAAAUCUGUGAAUUUAUUAAAACUAAUAUAUAAAACAGUAAUGAUACAAUUCAUAAACCAAGGCAACUUGCAGCAUCAGAAAAUUCAUGGCAAAGAAAGUUACAACUACUUUGUAAAAAAAUGAAACAAAUAAUCAAGCCUUCCAUUAUAUUUAUGAAACAAGGAACGUUUAAUUAUUAUUACUAAAUUUAUCGAAACAAAUCUCUUGACAUUGAGAGUGCAUAAGCUCCUACAAAUACGUCAUUCCUAAUCAUUUUAUUCAAGUUCCAUCAGAAAAAAUAUAAUACAAACAAAUACGUUUACUCUAAAAUAAUUUCGCCAAAUUAUCACGCAUUUUCAUGUAAUUUUCUCUUUCCUAUUUCUCAUUAUUCUCAUAAGACUAGGAACAAAACAAAAGCGACCGCCACUUAGUGUACAGCUGGUAUGGAACAUGAAAACCAAACUUUUUUCGAAAACAAAAGCAAGUAACAACUCAUGAAACAAGUAAAUUUGUACAUCUAUUACAACAGCUAAACGAGAAAGCAAAACAAAAAUUGUACAUAGCACUUAAACCUAUCAAAGAUCCAAACCAAAAGAAGAGAAGCAAAAAAGAGACAUGACAACAAAUACUGAGUAUGGAGGAGAAUAAAAAUAAAUCAACAUAAUUUUUGCCUUAGACUCCUACCUAAAUAUCGUGGAUCGUGUAGUAAAAAAACGACACAAAACUAACACCCACACACACACAAAUACGCGCGCGUUACGCCCUUCUACAGCAUGAUCUGGAAUAGAUCGAGUGAGCGAUUAUGCCAAUCAUCACGUGUUUCGUCUCUUUUUUCGUCUUCGGGACAUUACUUGAUGUAUAACCACAGAGAACAUACAUCCCUAUUACAUUUUCUAUGUGUGCAGAAAGCAGAACUGUCGUUUUAAAAACUCAUCAUCAAGUAGCAAUUCGACCAUGGAGGCGCUGCGAGCAGCCCAGCAAGUACUUGUGGGUACUUGUGUUCGAGCUUGCGUACAAUGGAUGUUCACAUGUUCAAAAACGAAUAUUCAUUUGAAUGUUUUACACAGUUUCUUCAAAGAAAGUUUAUUCUAGUUUGGAUGUCUGUAUUUUGCGAUAUGGAUUCGGUAAUGGUUGACGUUGUUAUCGAUUAUCUUCAAGUAUUAUUCACUUGUUUCAAAAGUUAGCUGGUUGGAAUAUUUUCAUUUUCAGAACCAAUAAGCUUUCUAUAAGCGCGUUGAAAUGUUUACUGUAGCCCCUCUAACAGGUAUUCUAUUUAGAAUUUUAGGGCAAACACUUUUUUGUAAAGCAAUCAAGUGGAUUUCCAGUGUUUAAAAUUGCUUACAACGUAGAACGCAUUAAUUGUCUACAGUUCGUAGGCAAGUUUAUCCAUUCGGUUGGAAAACUAUAGAUGCAAAUAACAAAAGUUGUGUAAUUGUCAUUUAAUUAAAUAUUUCUGGUUAUCAAUCCAAGAGCAUUGGCAUUUCAUAUAAACUAUUGAAAUUUUUUUUGAGGUCAUUCACCUCUUCGAACCAGGUGGGUUGCGUGAAAGGCGUCUACUAUCCCAUCACGCUAUACUCGUCCCCUAAACUAUUGAAAUGUUUUUAUUGAAAAACAAUCAAAGUUUAAUACGACAUAAGGAAAAGCAGGAAGAAACUGAAAUAAUCAAUUAUUUUUGCAGUUUUAAAAUUUUCAACAUGUUUCGCACUCUUUGAUUAAAAUCCAUGGCAAUUUAUUGCAAGAAUGAGUUAAUCAUUUCUUGUCUGCAUCAGAGUGCCUAUUUCAAUAAUUUUCUAAAUUUGAGCGAUUCACUCCUAAAUCGAUAUCAGCAUAUUGGAAGAUUAAAAAAGAGCAAACAAUCGAAAUGUAGCAGUUAUCUAAGUAAAUAGAACGAGGCAUUAACAAAAGAACUCGAAACAAAAAAAAAAACACGUAAAUCCAGAUCGAACACCUCGACGGCAAAAUCGCUGAGAAGUACCAUGAAAUGUAGGUAAAACUAAUUAUACUAACAGGACUUCAUCAAAUCGUGAAUGAGAAAGCAAGAGGACAUUUCCCAAAAAGAAAAAAAAGACCCUAACGUAAAAUAUUUAUCUUUAAACAAACCACAAGCCAAAACCAUAUCUUUAAUAUAAGAAAACUUUAACAAUUAAUUGACAUGAAUAAAUUGAAAAAUAGCUACAUUAAAAAAAAAACGUUACGAAGAGGUAUGAUUUGAAUGAACGCUUCUUGGGAAUUGACGCUAGAGUUUCGCAACAGCUAGGAGAGGGAUUCAGGAGAAGGCGAGAGGAAAUUUAAGCAAAUAUUUUUAUACUAACAUUGUGGACUCUGUGAACAAAUCAAAAGCAUCGAUCUGAAGAAGUCAGAUGACGCAAAAGAGUGUGAACCAUUAAAUAAGGACUAAUAAACUUAGAAGCUGUAACAAAAACGCUAUCGACGCCUACUACCAUUGCAACAAAUUUGGUCAACAUUUCCCGGACUCACUAUAAAUUAAUUUGAAUGUAAUUAGGCGAAAUGUUUUUUUUUUUUCAAUAAACGCUUUACCAAUCAACUAAGAAAAGACCAACUAUGUAUUACCAUUACCUUAACCAUUUAACUAUUUGAUUUUGAUUAGUAUGCAUUUUGAGUAUUUCAUAUUAAUUUUCCUGGGCAUAAUCAUUGUUAAAAUUUAUCAAACUCUAAAGCGUAAGUAAGCUUGGCAUUUGUCUUCACCGUUACACUGGACAAACGAUAGAUUUAAGUCUCAAGAAUGGAAAUAAUUCAUCUAAAGUCAGAUGCAUAGUUUUGUUAAAGCUUCUCGUACAUAUAAAACAACGAAGUUUCUCUUUCUGCUUUUCAAAUGGUGAUUGCACAUGUUGAAAAUAUGCUUUCAAAAAAAAAAGGUAUUGAGCUAUUUUUGUUACGGAAUAUGCAAAGAACCUUUUCGUAAAAUUGUAAUUUUUCAACCAUUGGAGAUGAGUAAAUUUGUGUGCGUAUUUCUGAUCCGUCCAUUGAUUCUCGCAAAUUGUUAUAAUACUAAAUCGGCUCUAUUUUCUAUCCAGUUCCCUAUGCGAAAUAGUUUUUCCGAAGUGCUUAAGUAGCAUCUGAAAGCUGCAAAGUACACCUGGAUAUACAUAUUUUACUCUAUCAUUGUUAAAACUCAUUUUGAUCAAAGAUUUCAUUAGAAUAACAAAUACGGAGGAUUGUGUGCUUGGAACCAACAAGGCAGAAGUAUCGAAAAAAAAACGCAGAAUGCAUUUAGAAUAAUAAAAAAGUACACAAAACAAAAUACAACAAAUGGCCUAUUGAGUGUAGCUAAUUUAGUUCUUUAUCCUGGAACAGGAUAUGAUUUUCAACUUAGCUUGGAAUAACGAAAUAAAAAUGCUUUCAAGGAAAAUAUCUCCCGAGGAAAUAAUUUUCCGAAACAGUUGUUAUAUAUCUAUCAUCGAACACUACCACUACCAUUCCUCAUAACAGAGAUAUUUUUGAAUGACUACCAAUCAGACCAUUCACAUGUAAUCGGAAAACCAGAUCAGAUUCCUACAUCCGAAUGAGCCGAAAAAGCUGUUCAAUGUAAAACAUUUUCACUGUUCUUCAAAAACGUCGCUAGGAAACAAAUAAACAAAUAUUACAAGAUACCAGAAAAGAAGGCGGCGAGCUGGUUCAGGUGGAACUCCAUGAAAAUAUUUGUAUAAAUUGAAAAUGAUAAGUUUUAAUUAUUUUAUAAGGGAUAAGUAUUAGUAAGCAACUAUUCAAUCGCAAUGGUAAACCAGAGAGAAGUAAGAAGGGGGGCAUCAAACCAAAAUAUAUUAAUUUAUUAGAGUUAAUUUAUAUACAUACGGAAAUGAUCAGAAGAGGCGAUACAUAGCGCGACUACUAAGGAUAAAUCAAAUUAGAGUCAGAGAGAGAAGCAUCAAACAGAAACAGAAAAAAAUGAAUUCAAGAGAAUAUUGUAAAUUAAAUUUCUAUUAUUAUUAAACCAUAUAUAAAUAUACUGAAAUAUAUAUUAAAAAUGUAUCCCCUCUCGGCUAAGAAAAUGUCGAGAACGACAAUAAAACUGUGAAAAUUGAAAAAAAUUAAA